GAUAAUAAUAAAACAUUGGAAAUAUGAGAACCACGACCAUAACUUUCCAACUUUCGACGACUUCGUCUAUUUCCAUUUGUGUGAACCCUGCAAUACCUAGCCUUAUGGAAGCAUGUCAUAUCGUCGAGUUUAAUUAACACACUACAAUGACUUUGACUAUCUAGUGCGGACGUGUGUGCCCUCCUUUAUAUUUUAAUCGUGUUACAAUACGCAAACAAUACUUACAAUACGCAGACACAUAAAUCUAUUUUGUUUAUUUUUUUUCAUUAAUGAAAUAUAAUAAUAUAAAAAUGUAGAAAUAGCUAUUAAUAUUUAUAAAUAUUUCUAAAAUAAAUUCUUUAUAAGGUAUUUUAUUUCUAUAAUAAAUAUUUAUAGUUAAUAAUUACCCAGUGUUUCGACAUAAAUAAUAAUAAAUAAAAGGUUAAUACUUUUUUUUUUUAAAUACAUACAAUGGAUGAGGCGUUUGCACAUGUCCAAGGAAAAGGUGGAAAAUAUGACAAGAAAGGAAUGGUCCCCCCUGACGGAGGCUGGGGCUAUGUUAUUGGUAUUGGUGUAGGAUUGACAUUUAUGCUGGGUUUUGGUUCGUCCAAUGCUUUUGGAAUCCUGUUCAAUAAUUUCUUUCUAGAACAGGAUGGCGCUGGUGGACUCCCACUUGUUAUAGGGGUAUAUAAUGGAGCGCUUUCUAUUACAGGUUUCCUAAGUGGGAUUGCUUUGAAGAAGUAUUCAUUUAGACAAGUGGGCCUUGUAGGCGCUGGAUUAUUUAUUCUCGGAGAUGUAUUAACUAUAUUUGUACAACGAACAUAUCAAUUGGUGUUUACUUUUGGCGUAAUUAGAGGAGCUGGUUUCGGUGUGAUGAUCCCAGUUAGUUUUACAGCUUUUAACUGUUAUUUUACGAAAAAGAGAACUACAAUGAUGAGUGCAAAUCAAACUUUGAGCAGUAUGGCAUCCAUUACAUUUCCCAUGUUGGUGACUUUUCUUCUGUCUGAAUAUGGAUUCAGGUGGACCUUAGCUUUAAUUAUGGCUAUUGAUCUUCAUCUACUAUUUGCAAUGUUAAUUAUGCAUCCAGUUGAAUGGCAUUUAAUAGAAUGUACAGAAAAAGGCAAGGAAAUAGAAUUAUUAAAAUGUGAUGUUUUAAAUGCUAAACAGUCAAAUUUCGUAAAUAAUGAUGAAUCAAUUGUAAAAAUGUUAUCAGGUAAUGUUAAUGAUGUCGAUUCGGUAGAAGAAGAGACUAAAGAUAGGCAUGAAUCUAUCCAAAAAAGUAUAAUAAAAGUUAUAUAUGAUAAUGUGGAACUCGAUUUAUUGAAAGAUCCAAGAUUCGUGAGCACUUUGAUUGGCAUUGGAUUUGCUUUUGUAUCAGAUGUUACGUAUUUGGCCAUGGAACCUAUGCUUUUGUUUUCUUAUGGUUUUUCUCAGAUGGAAGUAGCAACUUGUGUCAUGGUUGGAGCUAUAGCAGAUUUACUGGCAAGAUUUCUUCUGGCUCUGUUUACUUAUUUCUACGUAGUUGAUAGUCGAAAGCUCUUUUUUAGUGGAACAUGUAUUUCAGUAUUUUUGCGAGUUGCAUUAGUUAGUUCUAGUAAUGUUUGGUAUAUUUUCAUACUGACAGCUAUAUCGGGACUAGUCAGAUGCACAGUUCAGGUGUUGUUCCCAUUGGUAUUAAUAGCUGCUGCUCCAGAUAGAUUCCCAGCUGCUUUGGCGCUACAUAUUUUGUUUUCUGGUAUAUUGAUACUUCUAGCAGAUCCAAUAAUAGGGGUGAUAUAUGAAGCAACGGGCAGUUACGUCUACUGUUUUUUGGGAAUGAGUACGUGUUGUUUAGUGUGCGUAGUACUUUGGACUACUGAAUAUUUUAUUUAUCGUAAAACUAAAUGAUUAAUUUAUAUAUAAGUAUAAUAAAUAUGAAAUUUGUAACGAAAUUUGUGUCUCUAAAUAAAAGUUUAGAAGGUUGUUACCCGAUCAAGUUUUGAAUAAAUUUGAUUCACAAAUAGGUCAUCUAUAUCAUAUUGUUCCUAAUUACAGGGAACUUAACUGCGAGAUACAUAUAGUUAAAAAUAAUUUAUUUUGUUAAUAUGCAAACGGUAUAAUCUGUAUCAGUUGAGUAUAAACUCAUAAUAAUAUAAGAGCAAUGACAUUUGUUAUCGUUGUAACGAAAUAUGUACCAAUAAAUAUUUCUCAGGAUAAUUAAAAUUAUUAUCUUUUGUGAACAAUAUGAUAUUACACAUUUGAAUAGAUUAUCUAUUAGCUGGUUUUAUGUUAAGAAUUUUGUGUCACUGGUAAUUAUUUAUACAAUUUAUGUACAGACACUUGCGGACAACUUGCUUCCUAGAUACGAGACUGAAUACUAAUUCAUAACUUUUUUUUAUGUGAAUAUAGAAUCAGAAAGUUUUUUGUUAUUUUUUCCAAUCACAGAAUGAAAGGAGGGUGACGUAUUAAGUAUAAAUGCCGAAUGUGUAAUGUAUAUUUUGUUUGUCUACACAAUUUGAU